AUGUCGCUGAAUCGUUACAUGCAUCCCCGUAAUCCAUACAAAGACAAGCCGCCGGACUUUAACGAUCUUGCCACACGUUUCGCUGACUUUCGAGCACAUUGUACUCUUGGUAACAACGGAAAGGUUUUCGUGAAUUUCCAAGAAGAUGGUGCUGUACGUUCGCUUGCUAAGGCGUUGUUAAAGAAGGAUUUUGAUCUCGAGGUUGAACUUCCACAUGGGUGCUUGGUCCCACGUGUUCCUCAGCGUUUAAAUUACAUAUUAUUUGUUGAAGACUUACUAGAACUUAACCACAUGAAGAAGGAUAUUGUUGGGAUAGAUAUUGGUACCGGUGCUUCAUGCGUAUAUGCUUUAUUGGGAGCUCGCUGGGCAGGAUGGAGAUUUGUAGCCACAGAGGCGGACAAAACCGCUGCUAUGGCAGCAUUUAACAAUGUCGCUCGUAAUGGUCUUAGCCAGCUCGUCAAGGUUGUUCAUGUCAGUGAGCAUUCCAGUUCAUUAAUCAAGGAUUUGGCUCGGCAGUUCAGUGACUUGCAGUUCUCAUUCUGUAUGUGUAAUCCACCAUUUUUCCAAUCAUGUGAAACUGAUAAGAGAUUCUCCGUCGACACAACCUCAGGAUCGCUACUAAACGAAUGUACAACCGACUCUGAAGAAGCUGAACGAGCACCGCCUCGAUCGGCAACUCUAGCGCGGCGAGGAGAGCUAGAAGUUGAAGGUGGUGAAGUGGCAUUCGUCGGGCGGCUAAUUGACGACAGUGUGCUCCUCCAGACUCAAGUCAGUAUAUACACAACAAUGCUUGGGAAGAAGAGCAGCAUUACUGCGUUAUCAAGGCGUCUUUCACGAAUCGAUGGUGUACGUUUCACGGUUUCCACUUUAUCUCAGGGCAGGACCCAAAGAUGGGUACUAGCAUGGACUUUUUUGCCGCAUAUUCAAUUAGAAGAUAAGAAUUGUUCUUCGCUCUUUUUACAAUGUCCAAAUACUUGUAAGGGAUCGCCUCUGAAGUGGAUUAGAUCUCAUUUGGAAGGUCUUGGGAUUGACACAGAAAGAGAGAAUCCUGAUAUGCUUAUAUGCUCUGCUCGAACUGUUACAUGGACUAAUCAACGUGCAAAAAGGCGGGCCGAAGCUAGACUUAUGCACCCUUCACCCAAAAGAAGCAGGAUGUCUAGUGUUGAUGCGAUAGCGCAAGUAUCCAUGGGAGUUGGUGACGGUCGAGACUCUUUAUCAGAUGCGGGAAAUUUUGAUUUUUGCGGUAGCUUUUACCUCUCUGAGAAACAGGUUGACGUUAGUAUCCAGGCAUUUUUUCCUUGUUCGAUACGACCAUCUAUACUGCGGUUUCGUGUAAUACAAUCACGUGAGAACAGUGGCGCUUCAUUCGAAUUUAUAGACGGUUAUAAGCCAGGAUUGUAUCAGUUGUUGCAGUAUCUUAGAAACCAAAUGCGAUGA